UUUGGGAACAUUUUGAAUACACUAUUUGUAUAACAAUCAGAGGUAUCACAUAGUUUGUUUGAUACCUUCAAUAGAAACAAAAUAAUCCUUCAUUCUCGUAAAACAUGGUAUAUAAGGAAGACUUUUACGUGAAGCAUUUCUAUGCGCUGACAACACUGGCAAUUUUAUUUGCUACGAUUCUGUUGUUGUUGCCGAACCUACGCAAUAAAAUACAAAUGAAGCUGGGCACAAUUCACAACAAGUUGAUCAACUAUACGCCAGUUAACUAUACAGAUUAUUUGUCGCCCGUCUCCAGGCGCAGAUUAAAGCUAGUAAGCCGCAAAACUCUGGUACUCGAUAUGGACGACACAUUGAUCAAGUCGCAUUUUCAAUACCAAAGAGAACCCUGGAGAAAUAGAACGCGCAAAAAUAAGUCUAUCAAGCCCGAUUUCAGUUUCUAUAUACGGAACAAAGAUGUCUUCGUCUCUGUGUUUAAGCGACCGCAUUUGGAUUACUUUCUGGACUGCGUUUCCAAGUGGUACAAUGUGAUGAUCUUCACCGCGGCCACCGAGAUUUAUGCAUCCGAAGUGCUCGAUCGCUUAGAGACCAAUCGCAAGUUUUUCCAGCGUCGUUUCUAUCGACAGCAUUGCAUCGAAAUCAGCGGCAUUCUGGCCAAACUUGUGUCGGUUUGCGAUGAUGAUCCUGCCAAUGUUUUGCUCCUAGACGAUUGCCACUUGGCCAAUCAAUUCAAUGCGGGCAAUGCGGUGCAGAUAAAACGAUAUAAAAUCGGCACCCGGGAUGAGGAACUUCUCGCCAUGCUGCCCUUGCUUGAUGCGCUGCGUUUUACGUCCGAUGUUCGCUCGGUGCUGGGACGAGUCACCAAGAGGUGUGACUGUCUAACAACAGCCUUGGCCUCGAUGACCCCUCGAGCAUUACAUCGCCAGAGAUAUAGAGGACGUAACUGCGACUGGCCCAUUGAGUGUUGAGUCAUGGUGUUGGCUUAGUCACGUCCAAGUGGGCAAGUGAAUCAGCGCCUAGUUGCUUUAUCAGCGACUAGAGUGUUGCUGCUGUUUUAUCAGAGGUGGUCAAAAAUGUGGCUGAAACUGAAAACCCGGCUGUGUGAAAUGUGUAUUUCUCUUGCUAAGCUACUUUGGGUGCGGCAAUUAAGUCACCACAAACAGCAGCGGCGGUGGCGGGAGGUGGAGCGGCACCAUUUCCAGUGAAGAUCAUUAUUGUCUCGCCGCGGAUGUUGUGAAUGCUGCAGCAGCCAAAAAAAAAAAACAAAAA